AUGUCCUCGCCCUUCCUCUUCCACUCUCUCGACGUAGGGCCUCGAUUGAGCGCACGGAAGGUGCAUAUAUGCAGACUCUAUGAUGUCCUAAAGCUAUCUCUACUGAGAGAUGACCUCCCGCGGGCAAAGAAAGCCUGGGCCAUCCUGGCGCGAUGUAAGGAAAUGCAUUGGACGACAAUGUGGACGAUUGCAGUACGUAUUCUGGGAGGUGAAACCUUCGACGAGCAUGAUUCCACCAAGAAGGUUGCAUUUCUUCACGAGAUGAUGCAACAGUUGCCGGACAAGAGAGAGAUGAUCCUCAAAGAAAUUAUUCUUCGGCAGAUCAUGGCAGGGCAUUUCAGGCAAGCCCUGGACGAGCUGGAAUUGUACCUUCCAUCAUUCCCCUACCAGGAUGAUCCUGUGUUGCAUAACUAUGCCGGGCUCUUAUCUCUAUACUUGUCCCAGCCAUCUAUCAGUGGCGUCGACGACGGCAUGCUCGCGCAGUUGCAUUUCCAAGGUGCAAUGGCCAUCGAUUCGGACAAUGUCAUUGCUACACAAUUCCUAUCCCAUAUUACUAACAUGACUGAUCAAACAAGGCAUUCAGACCAGGAUUCCGACGACGAACUUAUGGAAGUCGAUAUUCAGCAGACAGUACCACAGCCCCAAAGGAAGCGUGUUCGACUCCAAGACGAUCGCAUUUCAUAG